CUGUACUCCUUUGUCUCAUUCCCAAAGUCCUGUGGAUCUCUGUCUGCUCCCCUAAUCUGAUCUCCCAUCUCUUGACCGUCUUCCAUCGCGCGUAUCAGGUGGGUAGGUUGACUAACCAGCAGGGCAACAUCGGCGGCAUCGACCUUAACGUUCUUCACCUCCUUCUUGGCAGCAGUGGCGCCACCGAGACCCUUGAUCGCCUUCUGGGCGGCAUCGACAUCGACCUGGCCGCUUCCCGAAUCAUCGCCGCCGGCAUCGAGGCUGGCGAGGGCGGACGCCGCCUUGCGGUCCUCGGCUGACUUUGCGGGCUGGACCUCCUCCUCAACAUCGCCGGCCGUGGCACCCUCGACAACAGUGGGGGGCUGCUUCUCAGACAUUGUGUGCGGCGGACGGAAUCGGCGAUUAGAAAUUCGUUCGGUUUAGGUGCCUUUGGGUCAGGAUUCGAGGGGCGGGACUAUUAUCGUGUGGUUGAAGAGCUGUGACGUUGUGUGGACAGUCGGACACCACGCGGCGGCGCAGAGACAGCUCUUUCCCGUUGGAAUCGAAUUUGUGGUGGGGCAGGUUUAGGUGGGGGCGGGGAGGGGGAGCUUCCUUAUGGUACGUACCUUACCUUACCUCACCUUUCCGCAGCUGAGGGGAGGUGUGCGGCGUGUCGCUUACACCGAUGGUGAGCGUUCGAGGUAGGUCGGUACGCCUCGGCAUAGCGUUGCCCUGGAGGAGGACAAUGUACAACUUUAUUUUCUCAGGUUUAGCACCAGACGGCGACGCACACCACAAACUCGACACACAAACACGCAGGGUUUGACGGAUGGUCUGGUUCCUGAAUUUGCUUUGCUCUCUUCGGUUCCGUCCCUCUCGUUUCCAUUGGCCAAUUUCGAGCGAAGCAAGCACACCGUUGCAGGUGAACAGGCCCUUGCCCGUUAUUAAGGAUUUUUCUGCUCGCAUUCAUCCCACUCACCGGUCCAAUUCACUUCCUAGUAAGGUAGGUACAGCGGAGUAUCCAGAUUCGAUCACUUACUGUUCCAUGCGCCUUUGAACCAGUCAUCCAGUUUGCUGUUGACUCACCAAGGUACAUAUACCAAGACUCUUGCCCUAUUGCCAUGACUUCCAAGCUGAAUCAAUUUGAAAGCCAUUGCUCAUUCUUCUUCAAGUUGACUUACCUACUAUUUCUCCAACUUCCCUCUACGUCAGUUUUGGCGACGAACCAGCCCGGCACCACUUGACUGUCCACAACUCCAUCCUGAGUCACCAAUACAGUCACCAACAUAACACACCACACCAUGUCUUCCUCCGCAGAAUGGUCGCCUGACUCCUGGCGCUCAAAACCCAUCAAGCAAGCUCCCGCCUACCCAGACGAAGCCGGCUUGAAAAAGUCCGUCAAAGAAUUGGGACGGCUACCCCCCAUUGUCCACCCAAAGGAAAUUGUCGCACUCAAGCAGCACCUGCGUGAUGUGGCACUCGGCGAGGCUUUCCUGCUCCAGGGCGGUGACUGCGCGGAGCUGUUCGACUACUGCGAGCCCAAUGCAAUCGAGUCAAAGAUUAAGCUGCUGCUGCAGAUGAGUCUGGUUCUCGUUUGGGGUGCCGACAAGCGCGUGGUGCGCAUUGGCCGUAUGGCUGGCCAGUAUGCCAAGCCCAGAUCGAGCCCUACAGAAAUGGUUGACGGUGUGGAGAUGCCUUCAUUCCGCGGUGACAUUCUCAACGGCUUCCACGUUGAUGAGCGUGAAAUUGACCCGCAGAGACUCGUGAAGGCCUACCAGUAUUCUUCGGCAACCCUCAACUACAUCAGAGCAUGCCUCUCAUCAGGCAUCGCCGAUCUCCACAAGCCGCUGGACUGGGGUCUGGGCCAUGUCCGGGACCCGGAGCUCAAGAGAAAGUACUCCGAGGCCGUUCUCUCCCUCACAGACAUGCUCCGCUUCCUCCACACCAUCGGCGCCGACCGGAGCGACAAGUUGGACACUGUCGACCUCUUCACUAGCCACGAGGGCCUCCUUCUCGAGUACGAGCAGCCGCUGACCCGCCUCCUGGAGACGCCCGUCCCGCGUCCCACAGCAAACGGCAACGGCCCCCGGAACGACAGCAGCAACGGCCCCACCGAGACCAAGAAGGAGUACUACGACACCUCGGCCCAUUUCCUCUGGAUCGGCGACCGCACCCGGCAGAUCGACGGCGCCCACGUCGAGUUCUUCCGCGGCAUCGCCAAUCCGAUCGGCAUCAAAGUCGGACCCACCACGCCGGUGGACGACCUCCUCGCCCUGCUGCGCGCCCUCAACCCGGACAAGGAGCCCGGCAAGAUCACCCUCAUCACGCGGUACGGCGCCUCGAAAGUGCGCUCGCUGCUGCCGGCGCACAUCCGCGCCGUCGAGGACAGCGAGUACCACCGCUGCGUGGUCUGGCAGUGCGACCCCAUGCACGGCAACACGGUCUCGACGGGCGGCGGCAUCAAGACGCGGCGCUUCCGCGACAUCUUUGAGGAGCUGCAGGAGACGCUGCGCAUCCACAAGGAGCAGAAGAGUUACCUCGGCGGCGUCCACCUCGAGCUCACUGGUGAUGCCGUGACGGAGUGUCUGGGUGGUAGCGAGGGGCUGGACGAGGAUGAUUUGUCGACCAACUACACGAGUUUCUGCGACCCGAGACUGAAUGAGAAGCAGGCGCUCGAGUUGGCGUUCUUGAUUGCGGAUCACUACAGGAACGAGAGAAGACCGGUUUUGUGAGGUGGUAGUCUUGGGGUUAGCAGAGGUACAUUUAGCGGCGGCAUUUGGGCAUUCGGGAAC